UUUUUCCCUCCAGGAAUGAAAGAGCUACUGUACUUUGAGGAGCAGAAGACCUGGGUGGAAGCGCGGAACGUCUGCAGGAAUUUAGGCGGGAAACUGAUGCGAAGCACAACCCUCAAUAGAAACAUCAUAGAGAACUGUGGGGAGAUCGACCCCGCCCAGAGGUUCUGGGUGGGGGAGCACCGCACGCUAUCAGCCUGGUUCGAAAUCACGGGCUGUUUCGAGGAUUCUGCGGUCCAGUCGAACGUUACCUAUGACAACAGCGACCGGAACGAGGCUUCCGUGUGUUAUGAGAUGUGUCAGGACUCGGCCUAUGUCGGUCUAAAGAACAACACGUGUUUCUGCAUCGAUUCGUCUCCAGGCAACCAGGCUAGUCUGCCAUGCAACCUCAAGUGUCCUGGGAACGAGGCUGAAGACUGUGGAGGUGCUGGCGUCAUCAGCGUGUACAGAAAAGCCUCUAUCACCCCCGACAACGCUCAGUGUCCGCAGCAGGAGAUGUGUCUCUGUUCACAACUAGAUUGUCUCCCGUCCGGAGUCUCGUUUUCGUCACGACCAUGUACAACUGAUCUCCAUGGAGCAUGUGGCUAUGGCUACAUGACUGAUACCAAGACCCCUUGGGACGUCAGCAACGGACUGUGCACCAAACAAGGCUUCCUAGCUAACCAAGAAAAUUCCCAAGAAUUCUGCAGGAACAGAAUAAUGACGUGGCCUCAAACCUACUGGUCCGGGGUGUUCCGAAGUGUCAUCAACAACUUGGACAGGGGAAGUGGGGGUUACAGAGACGCCCUGUUGUACUGUUUUUCACUUCGGAGAGGGUCCCUAUUGAACCAGGCGGGUACCGUCACAAUCAGCCCCGAUACCUGCUACAGCGAGAGACUGCCCUUCAUUUGUGAAAUAGGUUCCUCGUUGUUUGGAGAGGCGCGAUGUAGAGUUCAAAGGGCACCAACUACAACCAGCAUCACCACCGCCGCCACCACUACAUCUGUAACCACAAAAACUACGCCGGGACCACGCCCACAAACCACCGAUUUGGGACCCGCCCCCUCCUCAACCUAUUACGUCAACAAUCAGGUCAAGGAAGAAAAAGAUGACUUUAAGGAUAAACUGUUUAUCGUGGGUCUGGUUGCGGGGGCCGUUUUGUUGCUGGUCAUCAUCAUCUGUGCCGCCACCAUAGUCGCCAAAAGACGAAGAAAAGAACAUUACGGAAAGAAAUAUGGAAACCAGUUUAUAAUUCGUUCCUACGGAAAUGACGUUCAUUUAGACGAUACGUCACCGCCCAGAACUAAGCAGGAACAAGACGUAGUUGUUCCAGAAAUUUACGUCACAGAAAUCGCCUCAUCAGAGCCGAUACAGGCGUUUCCGAAAGACAACAGCAACAUGAGUGUCUCUUCCUCAGAAUUGAAGUACGACAGUUUAAAAGAUGGUCGUGCCAAAGCAAAAUCCAUUGAGCCUCAACAGUAUAUAACAAACCACAGUGACGUCAGAAGUGAUGUCAGCAGCGAGAACGGGACUGACGAGAUUAGACCUCUUACAAAGAAAAAACAAACAGUCCAAUCUAAAUCUAAUAGAGAAAACCAGUUUAGCAACCGGAGCGUUAUAUGCGCAGACAUUGACUCCAACGUUCGAAGUUUGCCCCGGCAGCCAAAGUUAACGAGAAAACCGCCAUUCCGAUACGUCUAUAGUGAAUGGUAAAGAGUGAAGAAGACUGAAAAAGGAAUCAAACUGCUUUAUUUUUUACUAUAUAUACUAUUGGUGCCUUUUGUUAUGGUGAAAUUGCAUUAAAUAUAUAGACCCGAU